AUGGCCGCCCAGCUCAUCAUGCCCACGCUGCCGAGCGAGCAGCACCAGUCUCGUCACUUUCUGCCCUCCCACCGGCCCGUCCACACCCGCUCGCAAUCCUACAACCUCGCCAGCGCGGGCCCUCGCUUCCAGAUCAACACCGACCUCGCCAACUCCAACAGCGGCCACUAUGCGUCCACGCCGCCCUCGCCACGCGGGCAGUCAGGCACGCGCAGCAACAACAUCCACAGCAACAACGCCGCUACGGCACGCCCUCUGUACAUGCCCGCCGUCCUGCGCCCCAACUACGAAUUCCCCCCCCAGCAGCAGCCGCCGCUGUCGCGCUCGCCCGGCACGUCGUCGGACUCGGGCUCCGACACGACGCUGCGCCGCACCAACACGGCCAACCUGCUGAGCAGCCUUGCGGGCCUCGGCGCCAUCGGCCACCGCCUCAGCCGGCGCUCCACGAUGGAGAGCAACAACGGCAGCUCCAAGGGCCUCGAGGGCGGCUGCUGCGAGUGGGGAGGCGACCCGGCGGCCUACCCGGACGUCACGAGCCCACCCACGCGCAAGCACUGGAAGCCCGACACCGAGUCGUCCCUCUGCGACGACCCCCUCUGCAAGCGCUCCUUCAGCUACUUUAACCGCCGCCACCACUGCCGCAAGUGCGGCAACAUCUUCUGCGACGCCCACUCGUCGUCGGUCCUGCCCCUCGACCAGGACGCCAACUUCAACCCUCGUGCGGGCCUCUCGCGCACCUGCAACCACUGUUUCGAGCAGGUCAAGGCCCGGCACUCGCGCAACAACAGCCAGUCAUCGGGCUCUGAUGGCCGUGGCGCCGCGACAAAGGCCAUGGCGGCGAAAAAGGGCUCCGCGGAUAACGAGUUCAACCUGCCCACCAGCAAGGACAUUGCCGCCAGUGUCCCGCGUGAUUGGAACUGGAGCACUUUUUAA